CUGUGCGGGUGCCGCGCCAGAGGCUCUCCCUGGCCCGGUGCUCAGGUGCUGAGGACUCAUUAACAUAUAGCAACUCCAUAAUAUGUGAUUCCAAGAGCUGCCCUGAAAGAUUAAAGGUUGUACAAAACUUAAAAGAAGCAGCAAUUCUGUUCACUUGUUAUUGGACUUGAAACUCCUUUGACCUCGGAAACUGAAGAUGGGGUUGCCAUGGGAACUGCUGGUACUGCAGUCAUUCAUGUUGUGCCUUGCAGAUGACAACACACUGCAUGGCCCGAUUUUUAUUCAAGAGCCAAGUAAUGUAAUGUUCCCUUUGGAUUCUGAGGAGAAAAAAGUGAAGCUCAGUUGUGAAGUUAAAGGGAAUCCAAAACCUCAUAUCAGGUGGAAGUUAAAUGGAACAGAUGUUGACAUUGGUAUGGAUUUCCGCUACAGUGUUGUUGAAGGCAGCUUGUUGAUCAGUAACCCCAAUAAAACCCAAGAUGCUGGAACAUACCAGUGCAUAGCAACAAACUCCUUUGGAACAAUUGUCAGCAGAGAAGCAAAGCUUCAGUUUGCUUAUCUUGAAAACUUUAAAACAAGAACAAGAAGCACUGUGUCUGUCCGUCGAGGUCAGGGAAUGGUACUCCUGUGCGGACCGCCACCUCAUUCUGGAGAGCUGAGCUAUGCGUGGAUCUUCAAUGAAUACCCUUCCUAUCAGGAUAAUCGCCGGUUUGUUUCUCAAGAGACUGGGAACCUGUACAUUGCCAAAGUAGAAAAAUCAGAUGUUGGGAAUUAUACCUGUGUGGUUACCAACACAGUAACAAACCACAAGGUUCUGGGACCACCCACACCCCUAAUACUGAGAAAUGAUGGAGUGAUGGGUGAAUAUGAGCCAAAAAUAGAAGUACAGUUUCCAGAAACAGUCCCGACUGCAAAAGGAGCAACGGUGAAGCUGGAAUGUUUUGCUUUAGGAAACCCAGUACCGACUAUUACCUGGAGAAGAGCUGAUAGCAAGCCGAUAGCAAGGAAAGCCAGAAGACACAAGUCCAAUGGGAUUCUCGAAAUUCCUAAUUUUCAGCAGGAAGAUGCUGGUUUAUAUGAAUGUGUGGCUGAAAAUUCCAGAGGGAAGAAUGUAGCAAGGGGACAGCUAACUUUUUAUGCGCAACCUAAUUGGAUUCAAAAAAUAAGUGAUAUCCAUGUGGCCAUGGAAGAAAAUGUCUUUUGGGAAUGCAAAGCGAAUGGAAGGCCCAAGCCUACGUACAGAUGGCUAAAAAAUGGUGAACCACUGCUAACUCGGGACAGAAUUCAAAUUGAGCAAGGAACACUCAACAUAACAAUAGUGAAUCUGUCCGAUGCUGGCAUGUAUCAGUGUGUGGCAGAGAAUAAACACGGAAUUAUCUUUUCCAGUGCAGAGCUUAAUGUUAUAGGUGAGUCUUAAUACUGGAAAGAAAA